GUUUCAUUUCAACAACGAGGCGUAUUUAACCACCACACGCCGCCUGUCUAUGCUUUCAUCCCUCCACGUUAACCUUCAAUCUCUUUCUCUUUUCUCUCCCCCUUCUCUCAAAUCAAAUUCAAAUCUCUCUGUGAAUUCUCACUUUUUAUCAAUGGGUUUACAGAACCAACUUACCGAUGUUUCCUCCGAUUCCCUACCAAUUUUCCUACUAGCCGUCAUCGCCAACGGCGUUUGUUACAUCCGCUCACUCGUUUUCACCUUCCUCCACUCAUUAGGAAUCUCUCGCUACCGAUCCGAUGAGGUCGACGACGCUAUGCUGUUCGACGCCGUUGGCUCUGGUUUAGCCGGACUUAUCCUCCUCGCCGAUCAGCUCAACCUAAACCGUGUUUUCUCUUACAAAUACAGCUUGUGUUCAGACCCUCGACCGGAUCCGGCCUCUUCAGAAUGUGUCGUGUGUUUGAACCGCCUCACCGACGGUGAACAAGUCCGGAAGCUAGACUGCCAUCACGUCUUCCAUAAGGAGUGUUUUGACGGAUGGCUUGAUCAUCUCAACUUCAAUUGUCCGCUUUGUAGGUCGCCGUUGGUUUCUGAUGAGCGCGUGGCCAUUACACGCCGCCGUGUGACGGAUGAUGUCGUUGAUUGGUUCUCCUUUAGAUGAUGAAUUGAAGCUAGAUAUACAUACUUGAAUGAUGAAUCUGUGAUGAUAUUGAUAAUUGAUAAGGUACUCGUGAGCAGAAAUAGUCAAAUUUUCAGAGGUAAUGCUGUAGUGACAGGUACUUGACGCAUGAAUAGUUGUCCGUUAGUCUGGAUUUGGUAAUUACUGCUCUAGAAAAAAGGUCUCCGCCAUGUUUUUACCUGUUCCAGAGGUCUUUUUUAACGCCUUAAUGCAGGGUUUUUUCUUUGGAAAGGGUUGAUGACAAUUUUUGACAUUUGACAUCUUUUUAGGGUUUUUCUUUCUUUCUUUCUAUGUUUCGAAAAGGGAUUUUUGGCUGUGGUUUCUUGUUUCACUGUUCCAAAUGUUUCUUUCUUCUGAUCUUCUCAAAUGUAAUGUUAUAAAAGAGUUUAACUCUUUUUCAUCUUCAAAUCGUUUACUGCAAUUUAACUGUUCA